GAUAUAAUACUAGCUAGUUGUUGUACUAUGGUGCUAAAGGUAGCUGCAGAGGAUCCACCAGUAGCUACAGUUGAUGAGGUGAUGGUGGUGAGAGAAUACAAUGAAGAAAGUGAUAAGGUGGCGGUGGAGGAGAUGGAGAGGCGGUGUGAGAUGGCUGGGCAGAGGGGAAGGCCUUCUCUUGUCACUGAUCUCUUGGGUGACCCAAAAUGUCGCAUUCGGCAUUUCCCAACACACAUAAUGCUCGUUGCACCAUACGGAGAACAAAAGGAAAUUGUGGGUGUCAUAAGGGGUUGUGUAAAAAAGGUAACAAGAGGGAAUUCAGUGUUUGUGAAGCUGGCUUAUAUCCUGGGACUAAGGGUCUCUCCCAUGCACAGGAGGCUUGGCAUUGGUACAAAACUAGUGAAACAUUUAGAAGAAUGGUGCAAGCAAAAGGGAGCAGAAUAUGCAUACAUGGCCACAGACUGCACCAACGAGGCCUCAAUCAAUUUGUUCACACUAAAAUGCUCAUACCAAAAAUUUCGCACACCCACCGUUUUAGGUCAGCCAGUUCACGCCCACUACAAACCAAUACCUUCCAGCAUUGCCAUUGUUCGACUACCCGUCUGCCUAGCCGAGUCGAUCUACCGUCAAAUUUAUGCCCAUUCUGAAUUCUUCCCAGAAGAUAUGGAUGUCAUUUUAUCUAGUGCCUUAAAUUUGGGCACCUUCAUGGCGCUGCCCAAAAAAUACCUUGCGAAAUGGGACCCACAGAAAAGCACUUUUCCCCCUGGUGCUUUUGCCAUCCUAAGCGUUUGGAACACCAAAGAAGUGUUCAAGCUACAAGUGAAAGGAAUGUCGAAGUUGGCGCGCGCAUGUUGCGUGGGAAGUAGGCUAGUGGAUGCAUGGCUUCCAUGGCUGAGACUGCCUUCAUUUCCAAACGUUUUUAAGCAGUUCGGGGUGUAUUUUAUGUACGGAUUACAUGCGGAGGGCAAGCACGGGUUGCGGUUGAUGAAGGAUUUGUGCAACUUUGUGCACAAUGUGGGUAGGGAUGACCAUGGAUGUGCUGCCGUGGUGGCGGAGGUGAGCCAGAGAGACCCAGUUAGAGAGGCAAUCCCACAUUGGAGAAAAUUUUCAUGGGCUGAGGACAUGUGGUGUGUCAAGAAGCUCACAGAAGCCAAGCAAGGACUGCCGUCACCAUCGGAUUGGAUUAACUCCCGACCGUCUUCACCAAUGAUUUUUGUUGACCCUCGUGACUUUUAACAAGGGCUGGUGAUGUUCUUAUAUGUUCAAUCUACACAGAAUGUCAAUUGUUCGUAGUCUUACAUCUUAUUAUUAGUUUGGAAGUGGUAACCUGAAGAUCCAAAAAUGAAUGAAACUAGCCAGUAACUUCUAUCACCA